AUGGAGGAAAGGGAAAGAUGCCUACAUCGAACGACGACGGCUUCUGGAAAUCUUACUAUUCCAUCCCGACGCUCGUCUACACCUGUCAGACGAAGAUCGAGAGGAGUAUAGGAUAUCGGAAAGGGAAAAUUCUGACGCCACGGAAGAAGCAGUGAAGGUAAUGAUGCGUGUCCGGUUCCCGUCCAUUAUAUGCAUGACGACGGCGUCACUUCUCAAUUCAACGGCCAAAGGAGGACUAUUUGACGAACUGUUCACUGGCUGUACGGUACUGAUCAUGGACGAAGCGUCUCAAGUCCCAGAGCCGGCCUUCGUCGCCAUUGCCGCACGCUUUCCUGCGCACGGCAGAUAUACAUUGGUGACCCUCACCAACUGGAGCCUUACGUGCGGUGUUCCCGCUCAUUCCGUGCUGCCCAACUAGAUGCCAGAGGAGCGAUGGACGUCAUUCUGCGCAGUCGUAUCCCGACCGCUGCACUCACCACCAUCUUCAGGGCCCACCCAUCGUUGAAUGCCCUGCCCAACUACCCCUUCUACAACGGCACUCUGACCAGUGGAACUCGGGCUAACGAACGUCGUCUUAUGACCCAAACACUCCGACUUCCUAAUCCAGAUAUUCCAUUAGUGUUCGUUAACGUAGCAGGACGAUCGCAAAUCUCUUUGGCUCGCAUCGCAACGAGGAUGAGGCGGAAUGCUGCAGAAAAUCUCCGUCAAUUAGUGGCAUUAAAUGUGUCUCCACAGUCUAUCGCAAUUGUGACAUUUUAUAAGGCUCAGCAACAACUUCUGUUCAAUUACGCAACUCAGCACGGGAUAGCUCUGCACACGGUGGACUCUGUCCAUGGCCGUGAAAUGGACAUCGUCAUCGUCCCUACUUCUCGCACGGACGUCUCUCAGACCUCAGGAGACUUCUUGGACGACCCGAGACGAAUGAACGUCGCACUGACGAGAUGUCGUCACGGACAGUUCAUCUUGGAAUACGCUCGUACCCUACGCACACUCCGCAACUGGGACGCUUGA